UCUAAGCAUUGUGUUCUGUGGUUGAAGUAUCUCCUGUCUUCAGUCAAUCGCUGUCAAACUGACAGUGACACACUAUCUUCAAUAACAAAAAAUUGAAAAUUGGAUUAUUUUGAUUUAUUCAGUAAUCUCAAAAAUAUGGCAGCAAAUUUGCCGACAGGCUUAAUAAGCCACACUAGAAAAGUUCAAAGUUUGUACAAGAGAGCCCUCCGUUCUUUGGAAGAUUGGUACGACAGAAGAGAGGUUUACCGAUAUUAUGCCGUACUAAUGAGACAAAGAUUCGAUGAAAAUAAGGAUAUAUGCGAUAUGAGAGUUGUCAAAGAAUUGAUAGAAAAAGGCGAGAAGGAGCUGUUCGAAAAACAACACUGGCAUCCUAGGAAAUUCCCAACCUCUCCUGGUGGGGUAGCUUAUGGAAGAGAAGUAAUCCCACCAGACUGGAUAGUAGAUUACUGGCACCCACUUGAGAAAGCCCAGUAUCCAGAGUACUUUGCUAGACGAGAACAGAGGAAGAAAGAAUUUUUGAAGUUAUGGGAGAAAAAAUAUGGAAAAGCAACUGUAUCCCAUCAUUAAUUUAUUAAUUUUUGUAGAUGUACUGUUUAGAUAAUAAAGACAACAUUUGCUUGUUUGAA